GUAGACCGUGGUUCUAGGAAUCCAAAGUUCCUUUGAUGGCACCACCCUUUAAGACAGUGGCUUAUUUCAAAAGUUCUGUCUUUGGAUGUUUACCUUUUGUUGGGAGCAGAUUAAAAACACCACCUGUGUUCCCAUCUCUUUGGCUUUCCUUCUUAGCGGCUCAUAGUCUCUUGAUAUUGUUUUCAGGCUCUUUGUUAUACCGUUCAUUCUCACAUGAAAGAGGACAAAAAGGAAUAAUAAUCUCUGGACAAUUAUUUUAGCACACCUCUCAAUCUUUGAUCUUUGCUCCUGGGAGACAGCAUACUUCUCUAGAUAAGAUUGUCUGGUCUACAAAACUGAGAUUUUGUUCCCUGGAACAGUGAGUCUCUUAUCAACAACAGAAACGGGUUUUUUUCCCCUGAGGAAGUCUAGUCUACUUUUUUUCCUCUCAUAGGUGACAUCUGAUGAUGUCCUUUCUCCAGAAGUCUGCAUACUUUCAUACAAGGGGAGGCUUUGAAGUUGAUGGUUUAGCUCCAGCAGGGCCGGACUGGAUUACCUGGAUAACGUUCUUUAUUUUUUGAGAGCACGGGACCCUUCUGGUAGCAGAAUAUAUAGCCAAGCCAUAAAACAUAACAGAAUUCAAAUAAUUUCAUCUGAAUUUAAACUGGGAAUGGCUAUUAAUGAAACACAGAGUUGUUUCAAAUUGUGAUAUGUAGCAAUGCAGGCAUGUUCAUAAAACAUGCCUUUUUUCACAGAAGAAAAAAGUAAACAAGGUAUACAUUUAAUGGCUUUAUUUACUGCUUUACAGAACCUUCCAACACAGGUGAAAUUGCAGCAAAAAAGGAAGAGCAAACUUUGAAUGAUCUUGUGAAUCUUUUGCAAGAUGUGGUAAAAAAUAUCCCCACAGAACUUGUAUUGUCCAGUGAACCACCAGCAACUAUUUUGGCACCCAGGCUAGUAACUUCUCCAUCCGUAGCAAUGGACACUGUUUGGGUGAAUGUGAACCCCACAAAUAGUGACAAGUCCAGAACAAUUGCCUUGAUGAAAAAGAAUACUCCAACUACAACAGCCUUUUGGAAACUCAGAAAUGACGCGUCUGCAUCUGUUAUCCUGCAUUCCAACCCAAGUCCCUCAGAAUAUCUCCCAAGUGACACAAGUGAGUCUGUUAUUCUGAUUUCUGAAGAGCCAAAUCCAGGAAAUACACUGAGCACCAUUUCAGUUCAGUUGGAAAAAGAAGCAACCACUAAGAAAGAAGCUCCACCUAUAACAGAAAUGAAGUUGGACAUAGAGCUGCCUUCCUCCCUCUCAUCUGAAGCAUCUGAGACAGAGAUAAAGCUGGACAUAGAUAUCACUCCUUCCUCGUCAAGUGUUCCACCCACCACACAGGUGGAGAUAGACGUAUCUCCUUCCCCAUCAACAACUGCAUCUGUACCAGAAGUGGACAUCAUUUUGCCUGCAUCUGAGUCUCCUCCAGAAAAGAAAGCAGAAGACACAGAGAAAGAAAUGGGGAAAUUAAAAGCAUUUAUUAAUUUAUUAUAUGGCUUUAGUCCUGAAUUAACUGAAUAUGCAGAGAAUUCACCACAUAAAAAGAUGGCUCAGGAUAUUGUUGAAAGAUCAAUGGAAGUCCUUGAUGCCAUAAAGAGUGUUUUUUGCGGAAAUCCUAAAAAGGAAAGUAAACAGAUUUUGAAGCAGUUGUUACAGAAAGACAUGGAGCUUGUAAGACAAGCCAUGAAGGGGAAAAAAGCCUCUUAAGAUACAUUUACUCCUUGGCAUUGUAGGUUUUUAUGAACAAUCAAGAGGUCUGGUUUCUUAAUUGUAACAGCAAUUGAAAUACACCUGUAGCCAUUUUCAUGCCUGAAAUUAAAUGUUUGUUUUUAAAUAUUUUUGUUUUCAUUUUUUUUCUUUGAAUUGACAUCUAUUAUUAAAGAUUAAGGAACAAAUAAUUAAUUUAACAGUUGUAUGUUAAAGGUCAUUUCAGAAAAUUCUGUUCUUGUCAUUGGAUUAACUGAACAAUUAUUUACAGUUCUUGC